CAAAGAGAAUCAAUGGUUGUGUAUAGUGAGGCGAAGUAUCUAUCUUUCAUAAAUACAGUGGUAAAUCUGCAAAUUACUGUGACUGAUUGAUCUAUUAAUUAGUUCAUAUUUGGUCACAAACCACAAUAACAUGUGAUCAUUUAACAAAGCAGGCGCACAACCACACUGAGCACAUGCCGCGUAAAUUGGAUAUCGACUUACAAAGCAUCAAACGCAUCUUGUAAUGCAAACGAACAGAAACAGCAAAUCCUGACGAUAAGAACACUUUCAAACUUUGCCAGAUCUACAUCAAAUUACAAGUUUCGCAGGGUUAAAAUACCUUAAUCAUGGAUGACUUUUAUGAAUGUCCUUAACACAGCAAAUACUAUCUGAAGGGAACAUAGCAAGUGCAGACACUUGCUGGGUCACAUAUAUGAUAAGCUGAGGCUUCAUGCCACAUGAUCUGUUGUUGCUGGUAUUGGUACUGAUGCACAGAGAAAGGAUUCUCCUUAUAAAAGUCAGAUUUCCACUAUUGAGUUUCAAUUGAGGUAUUGACAUACAUUUGUUGCACUGUAGUUACUUAAAAAUGCAGAUGCAGCAAUUUAAUAUCAAAUCGGCAAUAUUUGAAUUCCUAUGAACGUAACAUAAAUCUCUUGUUGAAGUUCCCUAUAUCACUUAAAUAAUUUUCCUUUCAGCAUUAAUGAAUUGUUUGAUAAAGGGCCGAUAGACUAGAGUUGGGAUUGGCCCUGUAUUGUGCGCAAUGCUGAGUGCCCUUCCUAAUCUUUUAUAAAUUUGUAUAUUUCUUGAAGCAUGGCUGCCUUUCCUUUUUGCUUCUUCAAACAUAUUGAGGCGGUUAUGAAUCAAUGUUUACAGCUUUGUUAAUAUUGACAGGCCUAACGAUAAACCUUACGAUACAGAGAAUUAUUUUGGUAAGACAUACACUUGCGCAAGCUGUGAAACACUACAUUUAACAUAACGCAUUGAACAUGAUCGAAAGACGAGUUUAGCAACCAAUGACAGAACCUCAAGGCAUGAAUUUCAUACAUUUGGCUUGUCAAUUUGCACAUUGCCUUAACAAAUUAGUCAGUUCAACCUUAAUCAUAAAAUCAAGUUUAUUUGCUGUUUUUCUUACAGAAGGCUCACCCUUACACGCAUCCAGAAAAUCUUACAGUUGAUUCCAAUUCGUAAAUUUCAUUCAUUACAAUAAUGUAGCCACAAUAUCUUUAUAAUAUUUGAAAGCUUUUACAAUGAAACGCAGCAACAGGAAAGAGGACAAUUUAAAACAUUAAGCUUUUGUUUAUGAUUGUAAAAAUGAUUGGAAUUAUUUAACACUGUUUAUAAAUUUAUAUAUUUUUACCGUAACUUAUUUUUAUAUUCAACGAAAAUGGCAUUUUUCUCGAUUUAGGUUCUUAACAAUUUUCCAACGACUGCUCACGUUUUAUUUCCUUUCCAUUGAGAUUAGCCAAAGUAUAUUAAAACGAUUCGAGAGGGUCAAGGGGGAGCAUUACCCCCCGACGAGGGACUUUAUAUAAAUGUUAAUCGGGUGGUGAUGUAAGAUGGAAGCUUUUUCGAAGAAUAUUUGCAAGAGACAAGAAUCUGCAGAUCAAUCUGCAUGCCUCCAGGCAGUUUAAGUUUUAGGAAGCACAUCCAACGCUCAAACCACAUUGCAAGCCUUUGGAGACCGGAUAAAAGAGUCAUAUCCAGAAAGUUAUGGCAUCAGUUAGAUGUAAAGAAUAUCUAGAUGAUGAAGUUAAUAUGGGCACUGAACAAUUAAGUGACAGUGCAGAUUAAGGAGAAAUUAACGACACGAUAGCUUAUGAUCUUGAAAUUCUUAUCUGGACAAAAAAUGUAAAUGUGUUAUGAUUUCAGGUUUGAAUGUUUUAGAGAACUCACAGAUCAAACUGAUCCAAUAAUUCCUUUUUCCAAACCAGAUGACCCUAAUUUCAACCCUCUCCAUAAGUCAAGAGCCCCAGUGCUGACAGCAGUGCUAGUCUAUGUCCACUUGAGAUUAUUUUUUUGCUAAGCAUGCAUAAGAAAUAAACUUGAUCUAUUUAAAGGAAAUUCGGCAGCUUUAUCCCAGGUUUUGGACAAAGACCCCUGUAUCUCGGAAAAGCGUUCUCUUUCACCCGAUCAACAUUUAUUUUGAAUUCUACACCAAAAACUGAUCUAGAAAAAGUUUGUUGGUCAAUGACAGCUCAUUCGCAGGCUGCAUCUCAGUUUUGGACGAAACUCCCUGAAUCUCGGAAAAGCAACUUUUCCCGCCUGAUCAACAUUCAGCUUCAAAUUUUGCACGAAAAGCUGGUCAAGAAAAUGUUGAUCUGAUAAAGUUCCACAGGCUGCAUCCCAGUUUUUGAACAAAACCCCAUGAAUCUCGGAAAAGUAUCCUCUGAACAUUUCAUGCAUUUGAACAUCCAGAUUUGAAUUCUACACCAAAAACUGGUCUAGAAAAAGCUGGUCAGGUAAAGUCCCUCGUCGGGUGGUAAUGCUCCCCCUUGCCCUCUGGACUAAACAGCAUUACCUCUGGACCCAAAAUAUUCUUAAUCUAGCUGAAAUCACUGGAAAUAUAUUCGCAGCGAGACAUUGAUGUCCAUUACCCAGUCUUGGACAUCAAGUUUUGAUUUCAACAAAUAGAGGAAUUCUGUUUUCUCCAAAUAAUUAAACAGGAAAUGGAAGAUUGAAUGUUCUUUGUUUGAUCCAAGCUACGUGGUUGUUCAAUUGGCAAUUGUACUACUUGUUCUUUAGAUAUGAGAGGUCGCUGACCGUUUAAAGUGACAGUCAAAGAAGGCUAUAUUUAAAGAUGAAUUACAGUGAAGUUGCAGUCAUAUUAAUUCUUAAUAGCAGCCACGGGUUAACAGAAAACCAAACCAGAACAGCUCUUCCCACUUUCACAAGUGGCGCGCUCAAAAACGCGGAAACCUCAAGCAGUCAUUCUCCAUUGGACAUUUUUCGCUUAACACUAUCCUCGGCAAUAUUUCUCUUGGCAAUAUUUGGAAACAUAGCGGCUAUCCUUUACAUUUUUAAACACAAGCAACUGAGAAGUAUCAAGAAUUACUAUUAUGGUUAUUAUUUGAUAAAUCUGAAUGUUGCGGAUUUGUUUGUUGCCAUAUUCUGUAUACCUUUUACCGUGAUAUACUACGAGAGCAAAAAGUGGAAAUUUGGUUGGCUAUUCUGUAAAGCAAUGCCUUCUAUACAAGUAAUGGUUGUUUCAGCGAGUAUUUGCACAUUGGCAACUAUCACCUGGGAGAGAUACCGAGCCAUUAUACACCCAAUGACUCCAAGGUCAACCAUGUUUGGUCUACGAGUAAAAAUAUUAACCAUUUGGCUAUGGUCCACCGCCGUCGCCGCACCGUCAUUCUACGCUUAUGAGUACAAUGAAAUGUUGCCAUUAUAUCAAUGUCAAGAAAUUUGGCCUAGUCACUACCAACGCCAGGCUUACACAGCGUUCAUUUUCCUGGUAAAUUAUGCCUUACCUUUGAGCUUUAUAUUGAUCGCGUACUUCAUCAUCGUUAUCAGACUGAAGUUCGGCUUGACACCAUACAGCGAACGGGCGUCAAAAUUGCUUCAAAAUCGCUUUAUUAAAUUGAUGACAUUGCUGAUAUCUUGUUUUGCCAUUUGCAACCUUCCAAUUUACGUCUGUUUCUUCAUAAUGGACUUCAGCGUCGUUGAGAACCAUUUUCUUUUGUCUAAUGCAAUAAACUUCUCGCAAGUAUUGAUUUGGUUGAACAGCUGCCUAAAUCCAUUCUUUUACUGUGCUCUCCGUGGCCUUCUUCACAAGGCCAGGAGCGAAUCCGAAAUUCCCUGUAGGAUUAUUUCAGGGAGUCCGCCAAUCCGCCAGAGAGAAUCUUUUCGUAGGUUAAUCGAACGUGAAGAGGACAGAACAACAUGUCAGCGGCUUCAAGGCCUAAGCAAUGCUACUGCUUCUGAACCGCUGGAUGAAAGUUAUUUGUGAGGCGAGAAAGAUAAGUAAGCUUUCCCAGGGUCCUUGAUGAUUCGAGUUUAGAGCAGAAGAGUGAAGCAGGAGAAGCACUAGAGGACAAGUUCUGUUGAUCUCAGCCCGAUUUGAAGAUGCAUUUCAAGGCUGAUCUACUCAUAUUGGAUUACUUAACUGGAUUCUAAUUAUUUAAUACGAACUACAAAUGAAUAUACGAUCCUAUAUUGUUGAUAUAUUAUUAUUCUUAUUGGAUAUAGAUGGUAAAUACUUGCAGUUACUAAAUCUAAUCUGUACGUAUCAAUAUUCCUUCUUACCAGUAUCUACCAGUGUUAAUGUCCAAACGGUAAUAGAUACUCUGCCUAUAUCUUCUAUAUAAACUCGUUUGAAAAAUAGCGUAUUAAUGACGUGUAAAAUGUGUUCACAAUAACAUGAAAUGCUGGAAAUCAGCUUGCCUUUCAUUGUAUACUGCCAAAAGAGGGUUGUUUAGCACACGGGCAGUUUUAUGGUAACAUCGUUGUUUAUAAUAAUCAUGUUUUACAAUUUGAUAAUAUCUAGAGGGCGUGGAAAUCAUGGUAGAAAUCCAACUCAAUCUUAAACUGUGCAUGGGAAAUUUUAUCGAAACGCUGGUUCAUGAAAAUCAAACUUGCACAUCAACAUAAGGCUCCUUUAAUUUGAUAUGAAUUUUGUUGCAAUGACAAGACUUUGCUGAUACGAAAAAAAAACAAAUCAAUACAGCAUAUAUAUAUAUAUAUAUAAACAUAUAUUCCAGAUUGCGUUGU